AAAAACUAAAACAUGUCUCCAAAAUUUCUAUUCUUCAUUGUCCUCGCCCUCUUCCUCGCUACAGUAUCCGCUGGAAUUAUUCGUGAGCGGCGUCAAGCUUACUACACCCCGAAUGGUGCAGUUGUUAACAAUAUGGUCAGCGAUGGCUUGUUUGGAGGACCCACGUCUCUUGGAUGGGCUCAAGUUCCACACGUCUACAGUCCAAUGUUCUCGCCGGUCUUUGGAAAAUAAAUAAUUCUCAGCAACAGAUUUUUAAUAUGUACCAAAUAUCAAUUGUAUGAUCUCUUCUUUGUUGGAAUAAUUAAAUUUGGAAAAUAAACUAUUAUGUAU